AUGGACGCCAAGACCUCGGCAUCAUGCGAUCCGACCGUGAUCAUGACUCACUUGCGGGAACUCAGCAGUCAAGCAGCCACUAUUGUUAGAGCUCUAAAGUAUGGGAGGGUGCAACUUGGUCACGAAGAGUACAAGUCCUUGGAGGCUGCAAGCUUGGACCUUAACAAGACUGUAGCGACUGUUACGGAGGAGGUCAAGUCACUGGGAAGACGGCGGAAGGAUGCAAUUGUCGCAGAAGGACAAAAACUUUUGUCUCAGGCAAAAAACGUUAAAUCAGACAUGAUGAGGACAAAUGAGUUGAAAAAUCGCGUCAUCUUUAUACGGAACAUGCAGUUAUUCUUCAAUCCUCCAGAAGAGUCAAAACUUGACUCGCCGCCCGUCCGAAAAAGGAAGAAGUUAACUCGUGAACGUUGUGAAAUAAUUCGCAGGCUUCCUCCGAGUGCAGCAAUUAUCUGGGCAGCAGCCUUUCCUCCCAGUGCUUGGGAUUCGAACAUCAUGUCUAAAAGCCUAUUCGAUUACGUUAUCGAGUUUCUGACUCCUGAAAAAGAUGAAAAAGAACUGCGAUACCCUGCCAGUUUAUACGAGAUCUUAACAGCGCUGGCAGCUGAGCAGCCACUCCAGAAUUCAACCGAAUUUGAAGCGUUCUUGGCUAGUGUGUACGCCACCAAGGUUCUGAGUAAAGAAGACUAA